AUGUCCAUUCAUGUCAAUGGAAGUGCGGCAAACCAACCCCAAUCACCUGAAGACACUGAAUUCGACUACUCCCAACGAGCACAAUGGCUUCGAGCCGCUGUUCUAGGAGCCAACGAUGGGCUAGUUUCUGUUUCUUCAUUGAUGAUGGGUGUGGGCUCUGUCAAAGACGACAUCAAAGCCAUGCUCCUAGCCGGCUUUGCAGGUCUAAUUGCCGGUGCAUGCAGCAUGGCAAUAGGAGAAUUCGUUUCUGUGUAUGCACAGAGAGAUAUAGAAACAGCGCAGAUAAAACGAGAGAAGAUGUUGAGCCAACCCGGAAACGAUGAUCAAGAAGUUAUUGAAAGAUCAGAAGUAAAGCUGCCGAGCCCCGGACAGGCAGCAAUUGCUUCGGCCCUGGCUUUUUCAGUUGGCGGAGUGGUACCGUUGGUGGCGGCUGCGUUCAUAAAUGAGCAUAAGAAAAGGUUGGCGGUGGUGGUGGUGGUGGCUGGCUUGGCGUUAAUGGUGUUUGGAGUGGUGGGAGCUGUGCUGGGUAAGACUCCUGUGAUGAAGUCUAGCAGUAGGGUGGUUAUUGGAGGGAUGAUGGCAAUAGGUAUCACUUUUGGUUUGACCAAGUUGAUUGGAUCUGAUGGGCUGCAAAUUUAA